AUGAUUGGAACUGAGAGAGCUUUGCCCAGGCGAGCACAGUACCCCAUAGAGAACCACUUUAAGCCAGUUAUCAAUUCGACAUCUCCCGUGGUCGUCGAUUUUCACGCCGAUUGGUGCGGACCUUGCCGAACACUUGGACCUCGUUUGGAAGAGAAGGUGACUUCACUUGCAAAGGAAAAAUUUGGCUAUCCUGCAAAAAGUAGCUUCUUCAUCUUUCUAGACCUACCUUGUUUUAAAAUGAAUUUUAUGCCUUUCUAUGCGUUGCUUCCCCCUAACAGUGUACCGCCUCAUCGCGACUGGGAGGUGUUCCUGGGUGUUGGACUGCGAUAUAAAUAA